UGCCGUAAAGCACUGCUGCGCUUGAGCGACGCUAGCCUCGGUGGCUAAUGGUAGACCGCCGAUUGUUUUGACACACCACAUCAGUUUUAAGCCAUUUUCCGCUUUAGAGUAACAUUGAAAUGGCGGAGAAAAAUGAAAACCUCGAAGAGCAUCUGGAGAAGUUUGUCGAAAAUAUUCGGCAGCUCGGAAUAAUCGUCAGCGACUUCCAGUCGAGCAGUCAAGCGGGACUCAACCAAAAACUAAAUCUGAUGAUAACGGGACUGCAAGACAUCGAGAAGUGCCGUCAACAGCUGCACGAGAUCAACGUACCACUUGAAGUCUUUGAAUAUAUCGACCAGGGUCGAAACCCACAGCUGUACACUAAGGAGUGUUUGGAGAGAGCCUUGGCCCGCAACGAGCAAGUUAAAGGAAAAAUUGACACCCUGACGAAAUUCAAGAGUCUUCUCAUCUCCGAGCUCGGCAAAGUCUUCCCGGAGGAGAUGUCGAAAUACAAGGCGAUACACGGCGACGACGCCCCUUCUUAGUCACUCCUGCACUGUCAUCCCUGACCUGUCAAUCUGUGAUCAGGACAUUUUAAGCCUUGCAGCGGUCAGACCGCAACCACACUGAGCCAACAUUCUUCUUUCUCCUAAAAGUUCAUUUAAAUGGAGUGUGUUGGCCGGACAAAUGUGUGUGUCCUUGUCGCAUGGACAUUGUAUUAACAGCAGGGUAAACUUAAAGCUCCGUACCGUACAGAAGCUCCUUCCUGACUCUCUGUGAAGCGGUGGUACUUACAGUAUUUAUAUCUUUUUGUAACAAUAGAUAACAGCAUAUAGUAACAACAUUUGUACACAACCUUUUUGUGUACAAUGCAGGUGCUAUUUGUUUAGGCCUGCUCUUUAUUUGUAUCCUGUUUGUAUUAAAGGUUUGGUAAGUAAAUAAUCA